GAUGACCGCACGGGGAUGGCGGCCGAAUCACUGGCAGUGUUGUUGAAGCUGUCUGCAGCGGGGUUUUAUGCAUUAAGUUCUUUUUUAAUCGUUGUCGUGAACAAAAGCGUCCUCACAAAUUACAGGUUCCCUUCAUCAAUAUGCGUCGGGAUCGGUCAAAUGCUGGCGACCGUGCUCGUGCUAUGGAUGGGAAAGGUUCUCAGGGUGAUAACCUUUCCAGAUUUUGAUCAAAACAUACCUCGGAAGACAUUUCCUCUACCUCUUCUUUAUGUAGGAAAUCAAAUAACAGGACUGUUUGGAACAAAAAGGCUAAAUUUACCCAUGUUCACUGUUCUGAGGAGGUUCUCUAUCCUCUUUACUAUGCUGGCUGAGGGAUUCCUUUUGAAGAAGAAAUUCUCUCGGUCUGUACAGCUUACAGUGUUUGCAAUGAUUCUUGGAGCUUUUGUAGCUGCCAGCUCUGAUUUGUCCUUUGACCUGGAAGGGUAUGUGUUCAUUCUGCUCAAUGACGUUUUGACAGCAGCCAAUGGAGCCUAUGUGAAGCAGAAACUUGACUCCAAAGAGUUGGGAAAGUAUGGACUUCUCUAUUACAACGCUUUAUUUAUGAUCUUUCCAACACUGCUGUUGGCUCAAUUUACAGGAGAUAUCCAACAGGCGUUGGAGUUUGAGGGGUGGUCAGACGUCUUCUUUGUCAGCCAGUUUCUACUCUCUUGUGUUAUGGGGUUCAUUCUGAUGUACUCCACAGUGCUUUGCACACAGUACAACUCUGCUCUAACAACCACCAUCGUAGGCUGUAUAAAAAAUAUCUUGGUGACUUACAUUGGGAUGGUGUUUGGUGGAGACUACAUUUUUACCUGGACAAACUUCAUUGGUCUAAACAUCAGUAUUGCUGGCAGUCUGGUGUACUCGUAUAUCACCUUCACAGAAGAGCAAUCGACUAAGCUAAAUGAAAGCACUAACAAACUGGAAUUAAAGGGGAAGAUAGCCGUAUGACGAACUCCAGGGGUUUGUCCUGUAUUUUGGUACAACAGAGAUGAUUUUAAUAUUUUUUGUAAUUAUCAUGUUUUGUAUAUCUGGAAGCAUGUGAAGACAAAACCAAACCACCAAAGCAGAAGACUUUCUCUGGACUCUAGAAGAUUUUUUUUCUACAUUUUUUCUACAGUAACAGACACAAACCACAAUAUAAUAUGUGAGGGACGACUAAGGCAGUGCUGUGCAGCCAGUGUUUUUUCUUGUCAGUGUUAAGGAAUGUAUUUUUUAGCCAUUCCUGCUUUGUUUACCAUUUCAAGAGUGCAUAUUUGGGACCAGAUAGUAAUUAGCUGCUCAGAGUGUUUG